CAAAUUUAAAUAUUUGGAAUACUGUCGCUGGAACAGGAAUUGUUGGAGCAACACCGUCUACACUUAAUGCACCAUGUGGUAUCUUUGUCGAUAAUAAUUUAAAUCUAUAUGUGGCUGACAAUUCUAACAGUCGGAUUCAAAAAUUUGCAUCAGGACAAAUAAAUGGAACAAAAGUACCAACAGGCACUAUCAUACUUUCUUAUCCAACUGGAAUUGUUCUUGAUUUUGAUGGAUAUCUUUUUAUUGUUGAUCAGGUUAACUAUCGUGUUAUCGGUUCAGGACCUUAUGGAUAUCGAUGUAUAGCAGCAUGUUCUGGAACUGCUGGCUCAUCAUCUAGUCAAUUAUAUUAUCCAUACUCACUUAGUUUUGAUAGUUAUGGAAAUAUAUUUGUUAGUGAUCUAGGGAACCAUCGAAUUCAAAAAUUUCUCUUAAUGACAAAUGAAUGUAAUGGAACAACAACAAUGUCUAGUGUAACAUCAAUGAAUAAUAGUCAAUCAGUUCCUUUAUUAACAUCUACUUACGAAACAAGUUCUUCAACUGUAUCUUCUGCGACAGGUCUUUCAUACAACCUACCAAAAUUCAGUGCUUAUGCUACUUGGAGUUCUAAUGGAGUAACUCUUUUCAACAGUACUACCAUUGGAAUAUAUCCAUUUGGUCUAUUCGUUGAUACUAACAAUACUCUUUAUGUAUGUGAAUAUUCUCUAAAUGCUAUUCAAGUAUGGCUCGACGGUGGUACUAUACCUAUAAGAACUAUUAGUGGUGGCUUAUCCUAUCCCUAUACUAUGUUCGUUACACUUAACGGUGAUGUUUAUAUUGAUAAUGGUGGUGCAAAUAAUCAAGUUGAUAGAUGGACAUUAAAUUCAACGGUUGGUGUUUCAGUAAUGAUUGUCAAAGGCACAUGUUGUGGUCUUUUUAUUGAUAUCUAUAAUACUAUUUAUUGUUCACAAUGUACAGUUCAUCAAGUUGUUACAAAAUCGUUAAAUAGUAAUUCAAAUAUGUGGGUAGUUGCUGCUGGGACAGACUGUUCAGGAUCAACAUCAAGUACACUUAAUACUCCUCGUGGUAUAUUUGUUGAUACAAAUUUAAAUUUAUAUGUUGCUGAUUAUGGUAAUAAUCGAAUACAAUUAUUUAAAUCAAAUCAAUUAAAUGGUAUUACGGCAGCUGGCACCGGAACAUCAUCAACUAUUGAUCUUUCUGGUCCUAGCGGAGUUGUUCUUGACGCUAAUGGUUAUCUUUUUAUUACGGAUACUCUCAACCAGCGUAUUGUUGGUUCAGGACCAAAUGGAUUUCGUUGUUUAGUAGGAUGUUUAAGAGUUCAAGGUUCAGCAUCUAAUCAAUUAUAUUAUCCGAUGACUUUAAGUUUUGAUAGUCAUGGAAAUAUAUUUAUUACUGAUGCAUCUAAUCAUAGAAUUCAAAAAUUUCUGAAAACAAGUAAUAUUUAUAGCACAACUAUCAAUCAACCAAACUUAUGUCCAUCUACAACUUGGUAUACAAAUGGAAUUACAUUUGCUAAUAGUAGUACGGCUGGAACAAGUGUAUUUGGUGUUUUCGUUAGUAUUAAUAAUACUGUCUAUGUAGCUAAUCAACAAACUAAUACGAUUAUAGUAUGGUACGAAGGAAGUAUUAAUCCAGAUAAAAUUAUUUCUGGUAGUCUGAGCACACCAUAUACACUUUUCGCUACUCCUUUAGGUGAUAUAUAUAUUGAUAAUGGUGUAAAUAAUCAUCGAAUUGAUAAAUUUUUAUUCAACUCAAAUAUAAGUACUCCUGCUAUGUCAGUUCCUAAUUUGUGUGCUGGUAUUUUUGUUGAUAUUAGUAAUACUCUUUAUUGUUCAGCGUAUACUUCUCAUCAAAUUGUUAAGAAAUGGUUGAAUGAUAGUGUACUCACAUCAACUAUUGUUGCUGGCAACGGUACAGCUGGAUCAACAGCGAUUACACUUAAUACACCUAUUGGAAUUUUUGUCGAUGCUCAAGUUAAUUUAUACGUUGCAGAUUGCUUGAACAAUAGAAUACAAAUGUUUCCUCUUGGACAA